AUGGUAUCUAGUGGGUAUUCGUUUGAUGCUGCUGGCAGUGCAGCUAGCUGGUCGGUGAUGCUGCUGGCAGUGCAGCUGAUUGGUCGGUCCCGAGAGGGUGAAGCAGAUGGGGCGGUCGAUGCUGCUGGUAGAGCAGCCUUUGUCUACUGCAGGCGCCUAUUGUUAAUGCCACUAGCGGAGCAGCUGUUGUCUACUGCAGGCGGUGCAGCCAUUGUCAAUGCUGCUGGCGGGGCAGCCUAUUGGCAGCCUAUUAUCAUUGCCAAUAUUGUGCCACCUACAGGUAUUCUCCCCCAGGCCAGUCUCUCCACUCAGAGGCAUAUGGGAGCCUUGUACAAAAGGAUAUCAGAAAACUACCGAGCUAGCUACAGGGGCGAGGUCGAGGUCGGGGCCGAUACGAGGGCCUUCCGGAGGUUCCGGGCGACUCGAGAUGGAACGAUUCAUGAGGAUCGUUACACUUUUGCUGUGUAG